AUGGCAGCUGCGACGGAAGCAAAUGCGCUUGGGUACAACUUGAAAGUGGACUAUGUAAUUCACUAUAACUUCAAGGGAUCCAGCAAGUCACACGCAGUGGCCCAACUCGAGAAGCUUCUUCAAGCUCUCGCGCAUGCUGGACUGCAAAUUGAAAUUCGUCAAGGUGACGAGGAAUCUUUACUUAUCUUCGUGCGCGCCCCGAAAAAACAGCUCAACCGGGCGGUGUACCAAUCACGUGUGCGCGACUGGCUCUAUGGAAUUCGAAAUACAGAGCCGGAGCCAGCCAGCUCCAUCGAGCCGCAUACCGAGGCCGAGCGGCUGCGGGUGAUUGAGCAUAUGAUGACUCUGCCCACCGCGGAGGGCGGCGUGGGCAUCACACCGAAUCACGGCGAAUGGAAAAACGUCACCAAGAUUCUGCCUUUACAUGAUGAGGAGACUAACAACAGAUGGUUGCACGACUGGAGUCAGAAGACGUUCCUGUCGGAAGAGGAUCUUGAUCAAAUCCGCGACAAGUUCGGUGAAAGCCUCGGCUUCUACUUUGCCUUCCUUCAGUCGUACUUCCGCUUCCUCAUCUUUCCGGCAGCAUUUGGGUUUUCAUGUUGGUUCCUGCUUGGGGGCUUCUCGAUAAUUUACACGAUCGUCAACUCUCUAUGGGCCAUCGUGUUCGUGGAGUACUGGAAGAGACAAGAGCUAGAACUGAGCUGUCGCUGGCAAACUAAGGGCAUAUCAGCCGUCGAGACGAAGCGGCGCGAGUUCAUCCCUGAGAAGGAAGUGCGCGAUGAUGCGACCGGUGAGAUGCGCGGUGUGUUUCCGGCCACAAAGCGCAUGCAGCGGCAGCUUUUACAGAUCCCUUUCGCUCUCCUUGCGGCCGUCGGUCUUGGAGUCAUUAUUGCGACCUGUUUUGCCAUUGAAAUCUUUAUUUCCGAGCUUUACAAGGGCCCUCUCAAGUCAUGGCUGGUUUUCAUUCCGACUAUUCUCGUAUCUGCAUUGGUCCCCACGAUGAGCGCGGUUCUGAUAUCCGUUGCGACCAAGCUCAACGACUAUGAGAACUAUGAGACUAACGAGGCAUAUGAUGCCGCUCUGGCCCGGAAGGUCUUCGUCAUCAAUUUUAUUACAUCUUAUUUGCCCAUUCUACUCACGGCAUUCGUCUAUGUCCCGUACGCCCGCUGGAUCGUGCCCCAUCUCGACAUUUUCCGGCUCACUGUGCGCCCAUUCGUGUCGAAGGAACAUGUCGCCGCUACUGACUGCUCGCAUUUCAAGAUUGAUCCCAAUCGGUUGAGAAACCAAGUUAUCUACUUCACUGUCACAGCGCAGAUUGUUGGAUUCGCGCUCGAGACUGUUGUUCCUUACGUGAAACAAUACGCCGCUCGGAAGUACAAGGAGUACAACCAAAAGCACAACAAUUUCAAUAACGACAAAGAAUCUCCUGAACACUCUCCCGUGAGAACCUACGAGGACCCAGAAGAGGAGAAGGUGUUCCUUAAACGCGUGCGAAACGAAGUUGAACUUCCAGAAUAUACAGUGACUGAGGAUCUGCGCGAGAUGUGUAUUCAAUUUGGCUACCUGGCGCUUUUCUCACCUGUGUGGCCAUUGGUCCCUCUGUCCUUCUUCAUCAACAACUGGAUCGAAUUGCGCUCCGAUUUCUUCAAGAUAUGCAAAGAAUUCCGAAGACCUUCACCUUUGCGGUGCGACACCAUUGGGCCUUGGCUUGACAACCUCGGAUUCUUGACCUGGGUCGGCAGCGUCACCAGUUCGGCCUUACUCUACAUGUUCAGCGGCGACUCGAGAACCGGUCCUAAUGGUGAGCCCACCGAUAUCAAGGGAUGGGCAUUGCUACUGUCAAUCUUCUUUGCCGAGCAUAUCUACUUAAUUGUUCGAUACGCCGUCCGGACGGCGAUGACGCGGGUCGAGCCUCCCAACGCGCGGAAGGAGCGCGGCGAAAGGUAUUUGAUGCGAAAGCGUUACCUGGAGUCGAUACUCCAGGUGGAUGUGAAUGACACGCUCGCUGAGAAAGACGAAGUCAUUGACAAUCCUCCUGCUCUCACCCGUGAAGCUCUUGAAGAGGAUGCUCGUCGCAACUCCGAGCACUCCACAGAUCCCGCUGAGAGGUUCUGGAUGCGUCAGCGUGGCUGGACCGAGUCCGCCAAAAUUGGCAGUGGAAUCAUUCAAUCUCAGCCAACCAAGGGCGAAGCCAAAAAGAAGCAAUGA